AUGCUUUCAGAAGAAACCCGGACUAUCAUCAAGGCCACAGUGCCAGCGCUAGAACAACAUGGCACCGAGAUUACUUCGACUUUUUACCAAAACAUGCUUAACGACCACAAGGAACUCUUGAACAUUUUCAACAGGGCCAACCAAACAAAAGGUUUGCAAUCUACCGCAUUGGCAACCACUGUGUUGGCAGCUGCUAAAAACAUCGACAAUUUGGCGGCGCUUUUGCCUCAUGUUAGGCAAAUCGGACAUAAGCAUCGGGCUUUGCAAGUCAAGCCCGAACACUAUCCAAUCGUCGGAGAAUACUUGUUGAAAGCCAUCAAGCAAGUCCUUGGUGAUGCUGCAAACCAAACCAUCUUGGAUGCUUGGGCCGAAGCUUACGGUGUCAUUGCGCAAAUUUUCAUCGAUGUUGAAGCUGAAUUGUACGCCAAAGAGGCCUGGGACGGAUGGAAAUCCUUCCGGGUCGUCAAGCGGGAAGACGUUGGUGGAUCUGUUCUUGAGUUUACCGUCCAGCCUAUCGACGAAGCCUCUACGCCAGCCAUUGUGCCCGGUCAAUACAUUACCGUCAAGGCUCACCCUACGGCUCAAGACAACCAAUACGAUGCGCUACGUCACUACUCCAUCUGCUCGUCGUCUGGUAAGGAAGGUUUAAAGUUUGCAGUGAAAAAAGCCCAUAGCGACGACCACGAUGGGCUAGUUUCUACUUAUUUGCACGAAAACGUGAAAGUUGGUGACACUGUCGAGCUGAGUGCACCUGCUGGAGAUUUCAACUUGAAUGAGAGUCUCAUUGAACAAAACGAUAUCCCAUUAGUUUUCUUGAGUUCUGGUGUUGGAUCUACGCCAUUACUUGCGAUGCUUGAGAAACAGAUCGCAACCAACAAGUCAAGACCUAUUGUCUGGAUUGAAACCGCUUACAAUGCUGCCAACCAACCAUUUGCGGCGCAAAUUAAGAAACUUUCAGAUGGGGUUCAAGACAUGAAGGUGUUCACUGUGCACACCGAAUCGACGUCUCGUAUCGACGACGCCUAUUUAGCCAAGGUUAUGCCUUCAAAUUCAGACGUAUACGUCUCUGGUUCCAUCGGUUUUGUCGAAGACAUGAUCGACAGCUUGAAUAAGUUGAACCAUCGCGAAGAGUUGAUCCACUACGAGCCUUUCGGUCAAAAAAUGGCCACUGUGAAGGUUUAA